UUGUUUUACAUCAACCGCAAAUAAAAACAAGCUCAUAUGUUGUAUCGCAUAAACUUUUCUCGCCGCAUCUGGGAUAAUUUGCAUCAAUAAACAUUCAGUAUUCAUUUCAUAUCAAAGUUGAUAUCGCAGCUCAGUAAACUUGUUAAUAACAUUCACUAUAUUGUGUCAAAAUGAAUAUUGCUUACGUGCUGUUUGCGUUGUCGGCUGCAGUAUUCUGCUACGGAGAAGCAUGCCGAUGCGGAUUUGAGAAGAAAAGUGACAACUAUUGCAGAGCCGAAUGGGCGGCAAUCCUCUACGUAGAAGGAGUUCAGGAAGUGGUCGACAGGAUUUAUGACAUUCGCAUACUGGAGACAUUGAAAGGAAACAUACAACAAGCGGACAAGAAUCAUUUGAAAACUGUCAGAAAUAGUUGUGGGGUUCCCUUGCAAGUAAACAAGUACUACGUAAUAUCAGGUGGCGUAUCCGACGGCCAUACAUUGACGACAGACUUGUGCAAAUUCAUUAGGAAGUUUGACAGCAACCCAGCCGGAAGCGUCCAAGUCCCUACCUGCCCUGCAUCUUCUCGACGUGCAAAGCCAAAAUUACCCAAACUAAUAAUUUCGACUUAAAAAUAAACUAAUACAAUUACUUCUAUUUCAAAUUACUGAAUGUCUUAACUAAUUCAACAAUUUAAAAAUGAAAUAAUUAUGUCAUUUUAAUAUUCAUUUACAGUCUACUAUGUGAAUACAGCAUAAAAUCAUCCAUGUUCCAUAAAACGUAUGGGGUAUUUGUGUCGCCUUUUUGUUUGUUUCAUACAAGCUAUUCACAAAAGUAUACACAUACAACAUUAGGAUUAAGAUUAGGGUUAGGGUGAUUUGUGAAUAAAUAGUUUCA